UCUCAGUUGCCCCUCUGACUCCUUGCCGGGACGGUAUAACAGAAGCUUACAGAGCGGGGACAGGCGGUGGAUGGGGAAGGGCAGUAGCCGCAGCAGCAGCAGCAGCAGUCGGGCGCAUCGACCGAAGCAUGCUCCAGCGCAGCCAUGACUUGCUCGGCGUCAGAUAGCGAGAAGAUCGUGAUCAACUGCGGCGGGAUCCGACACGAGACUUACCGGAGCACCCUGAAGACGCUGCCGGGGACGCGCUUGUCUUGGCUGACCGAGCCCGACGCCUACAGCAACUUCGACUACGACCCCAAGUCCGACGAGUUCUUCUUCGACCGCCACCCGGCCACCUUCGCCUUCAUCCUCAACUACUACCGCACCGGCAAGCUCCACUGCCCCAACGAUGUUUGCGGGCCGCUCUUCGAGGAGGAGCUCGCCUUCUGGGGCAUCGACGAGACGGACGUGGAGGCGUGCUGCUGGAUGAACUACCGGCAGCACCGUGACGCCGAGGAAGCCCUGGACAGCUUCGAGACCCCCGAGCCGGACGCGCCCGAGGAUGACCCGGCGCUCACCGGCGGGGCGGACGGCGACCUGAAACGGCUGUGCAUGCAGGAGGACGGCCGCAGGGCGACGUGGUGGGAGGUGUGGCAGCCCAAUAUGUGGGCGCUAUUCGAGGACCCCUACUCCUCCAAAUACGCCCGGUAUGUGGCGUUUGGCUCACUCUUCUUCAUCCUCCUCUCCAUCUCCACUUUCUGCCUGGAGACCCACGAAGCCUUCAACACCAUCUAUAACAAAACGGAGCUUGUCACCGUUGACAACACGACACAUGAGGAGAUAGUGUAUGAGGUUGUCACAGAUGGAUGGCUGACAUAUGUGGAGGGCGUCUGCGUCAUUUGGUUCACCAUUGAGGUGAUGCUGCGCGUCAUCUUCUGCCCCGACAAGGCAGAGUUCUUCCGCAGCGCCCUUAACAUCAUAGACUUUGUGGCCAUCGUGCCCUUUUACCUGGAGGUGGCGCUGAGCGGCCUCUCCUCCAAAACAGCCAAAGACGUGCUGAGCUUCCUGCGCGUGGUGCGCUUUGUCCGUAUCCUGCGUAUAUUCAAGCUGACCCGCCACUUUGUGGGUUUGCGUGUCCUGGGCCACACUCUGCGGGCGAGCACCAACGAGUUCCUGCUGCUCAUCAUCUUCUUGGCGCUGGGCGUCCUCAUCUUUGCUACCAUGAUCUAUUACGCCGAACGCAUCGGUGCAGAUCCAGACGAUCCGACAGCUGCGGCCCAUACCAACUUCAAGAACAUCCCCAUCGGCUUCUGGUGGGCUGUGGUGACCAUGACCACGCUGGGCUACGGGGAUAUGUACCCCGAGACAUGGUCGGGAAUGCUGGUCGGUGCCCUCUGCGCCUUGGCCGGUGUGCUGACUAUCGCCAUGCCUGUGCCUGUCAUCGUCAACAACUUCGGCAUGUACUACUCCCUGGCCAUGGCCAAGCAGAAACUCCCCAAGAAGAGGAACAAGCACAUCCCCCGAGCGCCACAGCCGGGCAGCCCCAACUACUGCAAGCCAGACGCCCUAGCCAUGGCAACCGCCUCGCCGCACAGGCUGAUGGGCAAUGUGCUCGGGCCGGGAAUGGUGGGAUCCGGCAGCAUGAUGGGUACUGGAGACUGCCCACUGGCACAGGAGGAGAUCAUCGAGAUCAACAGGGCAGACUCCAAGCAGAAUGGCGAUGCAGCGGCCAACGCGGCGGCCCUGGCCAACGAGGACUGCCCCACCAUCGACCAGGUCCUUGGGGACGAGCGUAGCCCGGCCACUGGGGGCCUUGGCUCCACCACCAGCCGCGAGCGCUACCCACACGACCGGGCCUGCUUCCUGCUGAGCGCCGGGGAGUUCCAGCGCACAACAGACGGGAACGUUCGGAAAGACUGCUCAGAGUCCAGCAGUGUGACAUCCUCCCUGGGAGAGGAGUGGUUCAAGCCGGAGGGGCCUCUGCUCCAGCAGGAGCUCAGUGUUAACUCCACCUCCUCCUGGAUCAAACCGUAGAAACACAGAGGUAAAACUUCCACACAGCACACAGAGCAGAGUCAAUAAUACAGCCUCAACGCACCGGGAACCAUUGCUGAUAAGAUUAGACUGGGCUAGACCCGACUCCAUUACAGUAUAUUAAAAUAGUUAGGUUAGACUAAAAUUAAACUAGACUAGAUAGGAUCACAGACCGGACUAUAAUCACUUAAACUAGACUGGACUGGACUAGAUUAUAGAAGAUUAGGUCGGACUUCAUUAGAUCAGAUUAGAUUAGAUUAAAUUUAGACUGCACUAAAACAGGUUCAAUUUAACUAGACUAGAUUCAGUUUGACCUCACUAAACCAGAUUAGAUUUGAUUAAUCUAUCUACUAAAAUAGAUAAAAUUAUAUGAGACCACAUUAGAUUAGAAUAAAUUUGACCAGACCAGAAUAGACUAGACCAGAUUAGAUUGCAGUAGAAUAGAUACCACUAGAUUAGUGUGAUUAGACUGGACAAAACUACAUUACAUAAGAUUAUUGCAUUAUAGCUUUAUGUGUUAAAUCCAUUUGAUUCAAUUAAAUAAGUUAAUGUGCAUUUAUCAGACUUUAUCAAAAAAAUAGGAAACAGAAGACAAAAAAAGUUUAAUUUGACAAGAGGGAGGUCCACACACACACACACACACACACACACACACACACACACACACACACAAAGUAUCAGACUUCAUUACAGUUUACACACACUCAUGCACACAGAUUGAAUGUAUAGAUGUGCAUGCAGGUUGCUUGUUAUUGUGAAGCUUUUAAGUGUGGUUAAGCAUCAUAUGGUGAAUAAAAGUGGUGUGUAGGGUGGGGGGCAUAUGCAUGGUAUGUAAGGUGUGUGUGUGUGUGUGUGUGUGUGUGUGUGUGUUUUGUCCAUACACUACAAAAGACUUGACCAAAGCACUCACUUGUCUAUUUCAUUUGGUUCACAGAGGACUCAUUUCAAUCAAUAAUGGUAUUUUAUAAUAAUAAUGGAAAUACAGUCUCUGUUUGGUUAAUGGAUUAUUAUAAUAAUUUACAUGAUGAAAGAGUGUAUCUGUCUACUGUAUGUAGGCUUCAUUUUCACUGCUUAUUAUCAUCAGCGACGUUCAUCAGGCUAUUAUUAGCUCACUUGCUACAUCUCAUUACUGCUAGUGAUGUCAAAUGAAAGUAGCAUGAAUCUAAUUGCAGUUGCAGGUUAGCUCUCCAGUAUUUGCAGUGGUAUACCCUUCAAUCCAUCCUUUGGCUCAGAUAAUACUAAUUACAAUCAUAUCUAUACAGAUACAUUUGUGCACGUGCAAUGGGACAUUUUCAGACAGUCAGAAAAUAAUGUUUUUGCAAGCACAUCGGUAUAGUUAUGUUAUUAUUAUUCAUAAACAUUCAUAAAACUAUCAAUCAAACCAAAACUGCUGUUUGUGGAGAAGGCCUAAGCUAUUGACUAGCACAUCAUCGCUGGCUACUGAUUUAGCAGUUAGCUCGGCAGCUACAGUUCACCUACUAACCCCUGCGAGGAGUCACUACGUCAUCAAGCUUCCAGAUCAAAAUAAAUUAUAGAUAUAUAGAGAAAUUAUGCCUUGCCACUUUCUAAUGUGACCAGACCCAACUUCACCAUAGUGAUAAUCCGAUCCUGAUAUCUUGAUAUUCCUAUAGGUCAUUUGAUUGGAGACCGAACAGCCAAUCCCAGACUGCCUACAUGUAUUCUACGAUUAGCUGAAACGGUGGCCCACUUAAACAGCUGACAGAACAUGGAAAUGCAAAUGGAUUUAUUAGCAAAGAAGGCAGUUUUGGUAGCUGAAAUUAAACUAUUUUUUGUGUGAUCAUUUCUUUACAAAAAGCAAAAUGAUGUGCUUGCAAACAUUCUGUGCUAAUCUCAUGCUCAGACUAAUAGUUAGACAUCACAUUUUAUGUAAAGGCACAGAUUGCUGAAGUUAAUAUUUGAAUAGAUUGUGUGGGAUAGGUGAGUUUAAUUGCAUAUUUAGGAGCCAAAAGCAGUGUUAGCUGAUAUAAUGUAAAGGAAACAGUCGCAUCCCUGCACACACACACACACACACACACACACACACACACACACACACACACACACACACACACACAUCCUAGCAACACUUAACCAAAUGAACCCACUGUGAGUCUGUGAUCAUGACUGUGUGACUAAGUGCAUGACUCGAUGUAGUGUUUAUUAGACUAUUUGUGUGUGUGUGUGUGUGUGUGUGUGUGUGUGUGUGUGUGUGUGAGAUAUGCCUUCCCUCUUUACACCUGCUGUAUGUUGUAACCACCAGGGAAAACAGGUCAUGGGGUCAGAGUGGGUUGAAAGGUUAAAGUUCACAGUGCGGGUCCAUGUCUGAUGCGUGCUGUUGCUGUUGUUGUUAUUUUGUUGUUGUUGUGUUACUGUCUCCUUCCCCAGGUUGUGUCAGGUCAUGCGUUUGUACGUUGGCUCUUGUUGGUCUGUGUUACACUAUCCAUCUGUCUGUUUGUCUGUCUGUUUCUCUAUUUUUUUCUUUCUUUGUUUCUGUCUGUACGUCCGUCCUUUUCUGUGUGUGUGUCUGUAUUUCGUGUGUAGCUGUCUUCCCCUCCUCCUGCUCCUCCUCUUCCUCCUCCUUCUCCUCCUCUCACCCGGUCUCUUCUCACUCUGGUACUUACAGAUAGUGGGGCACCACGAACCAAGUGCUCACCAUCACGUUCCCCCCUCCCCUUAAAGCACUUUAGCUCCAAAGUCAACCUGGUUCCAAAUGGACCAGGGAGGUUUUAUUCCCAGAAUGCUUUUGGGGAGAUGGUGCCUGGUCUUUCCAUACUAUGCUUUCUGUGUGGACAAAACCUCACAAUAAAACUGCUUUGGUUUGCAGAUUCUGCAAUGUAGUUUGGAUGUAAUUUUCCUAUUGCGAUCAAUCAAAUAUUAUAUCAUUUGGAAUAAAAAACAAAAAGUAUUUUUACACACAAAAUAUAAGAAAAGUCUAAAAAAACAUUUUGGAAGUAAACAAAUAAAUGGGGAUUCAAUUAAACGUGUUUGUUUUGGGACGGGUGCCAGAGUGAAAGCGGCUGCUGCGCACUGGUUGGCUCGUUGCCCCGCCAGGCCAGUGAGAGCUGGUUGCUGAUUGGUUGGUUGGUCGAUUUCCUCUGUCCUCUCCUCUGGAACUGAGCUCAGGUCAGUUUUCACAGCGCAGCCCGCAGAGAGCACUGGUUUGUUUUUACAGCAGACUUGGCUCCAACCAUUGCAUUAUGGGAUCGAGAUGAUUGGAUCCUCCAGGGAACAAUUUUUUAUGUCUUGAUUUACUAAAAAAGGUUUAAAAAAAGUUCCCAUUGCACUUUUUCGAAUAAAAACAAUGUCUUUUGUAGCUGAGCCGUGUCUGACUCUCUCUCUGUCAGGCUGGGCUGGAACACUGACUGCUGUAGUGCUUCGAAGGUCUACGUUAGCUAGCAAGCUAAUGCUUUUUGUUUUUUUUUGGUUUUUUUUUUCAUGUUCAAAAACACAAAAGCUCUAGAAGGUUCUUUGACAGACCAGCAGAUAGAUACACAGGCAGGGAGAAAGAAAGACAGACAAAACUGUAAAUUCAAAAAGCACACACACACACAUUCAGGUAAGUAUUCAAACUACUUCGAAGGGCUGUGGUGACUAGCAUAGUGGUGGCACUGUUCGCUGUGCUGUGAUGGCCUCUUAGCUUUGUCUGCACUCUAAAAGCUUCAAAUCCACUGGAAAACUAUUAGCUGCUUGCCUCUGGGGAAAACAAAUGUUGCUUUAUUUAUCUUUUCUUAAGUCAUCCUCUCAGAUUUGCAACUGGUCUUGGCAAGAUAAAUCAAGCACACCUCAAAAGUUUCACAUUUCAAAAUGGUCGCCAGGCUUUUGCUUUAAAAGUGCCACCGGGGCUCUCUUCCAAUCCCUCUACGACACUCCUCUUUCCUUCCUUCCUCCCUCUCGCUGACAUUAUCACAGAUUGUGCUGUACUCGGAUGGGAUUAAUUACAGAUCUUAAUGUCACCGCUGUCACUGUAAUCCAACACUAUCAGAUCUGUGGUUGCGACGGGGCGGGAAGAACGAAAGACUUGAGCAUCUUCGGAGGCAUUCUGAAAAGGGCAGCAUUGCAUCGUAGCGCUCCUUUUCCCUUCUCUGCAACUUUUUACGCUCCUCUUCUUAUUCUGCUUCUUCUCCUGACUCCUUUUGUAUGAGCGAGCAGUAGGGCAGGGGCGCAAGCUACCACUUCUGGUUCAAAAAGGCAGAAAAUGAAUAAGACGGAUAAAAAACGAUAGCACUGUAACAAAAGUCCUCAUCAAUGCGAAACUCUUCAACGAGCAGCUUUGCUUCGCCCCUGCCAGAGGGAGUCUUGUGGUUUGUGGCUGGGUCAUGGUUUUAUGGUAUGAUAUGCAAUGCUUUGACCUUUUGGUGAUCCUGGCUCAAGGGCACAAGUCACAGGAGGUCAAAUACUUGAGAGGACCUUUCUCACUCUUAUUUUCUUUCUUUCUUCAUCAGCUUGUCUGAUUAUCUGAGUCUAUCUAUCUAUCUAUCUAUCUAUCUAUCUAUCUAUCUAUGUUAGUGUUGGAAAUGUGCCAAUGUUUUUUCAAUUAUUUUUUCACCUCACUGAAAUCAUUAGUUUUUGGUUCAGUAUGUUAUUUUUUAUGUUUUAUGUUCGUAUGUCAUGUUUAUUUUAUUGGUCCUAAUCAUUCUGUCUUACUUUCCUGUCCUUUGAUCAUUACCCACCAUCCCUCCACUCUCUCUCUCUCACUCUCUCCUCAUCUCCCCGCUGUUGCUACGGAAACAGUGGACAGGGGAAUUCUGGGACUUGGUGCAGCAAAGGAUUUUGGGUCAAGGCUUGGUGUUUGAUUGCAUUAUUGAUUCAUAUCGAUACAGUAGGCUGAAUAUGAAAAUUCUCUGCUGCCACACCAUUUGGACAAAGUGAUUUACAAUUUUAUUUUUUAAAUCAAAAUGUUCACAAGCGAACACACUUUAUUUCACUGAUUUAUUUAGAGACGCAUUCAUUUUAGGUUCACGUGAACGGUAGGAUGAUUAUUUUUAGUAGUCCAACAGAAACGACAGAACAUGUUCCUGAAUGACCAGCUUUUUCUGAUCCAGUGUCCACAAUAGUUGGUUAGUUGGGAAACUACUUUGUUAGUUUCCUUUAGACCAUCUUUUCCUGAACUUAACCCUGACUGAAGUUCUGGUGUCACAGUCGUAAACUGUACGCCCAACCAUCCCCCGCCUACUGAGGAGGUUCUGUAGCAUUAUAGCAACAUCGUUAUUUACAUUACCACAAAAGGUUGUUUGUCAGGAAAACAUAGACGUAGGUCAUUAUAAGUGUUUGAACAAAAGACAAACGCUAUAAUUAUUCUAAUAAGGCCAGUUUCCUCCGUACAGAUUCCCAGAGGUUAGCGUCCGCUCAGGGAAAGUGUAUCACUCAUAUGAUACCAAUGCACUGGAUUAGAUUUCAUAAAAGCUGCAAUCUGAUACAAGAAUUGAAACCUACAGAAAGCAAAGACAAUUAUUUCCAUUGUAUACACUGAUUUCUUUAUUCUCAGCGAUCAAAAAGAAGCACAAAGUGAAUAACUGGGGAAAUGCAGCGAGUGAGCAACACACCAAACCGUAACUGACUGUUAAGAAGGACGUUUGGAUUGAUGGUGGUCAGUCGCACACAGAUCCUGAUAUCAGUUCAGAUUAUUGUCUUAGUUAAACUUACAUUAUGUGGUUUUCUUCGACUAGGGAGUCUCUCACAUCAAAACAAUAACAAAAGAUGUGGGGUUUUUUAGACAUUUUAAUGGGGACAUUAAGACAGGAUUAUUGGUGAGCAUCUAAACAUACCCACAAUGGAUUUAUAGACCUUUACUUGUAGAAUUUGUUAGGGUUGAAGAAGCAGAAAGAUGAUAAAGAUAGAGUGAAGUCUUUGGCUUGUUUCAAAUGUGGGGGUAGGGGGGCAUGUAACUAGGAGUUUGAACCGCAUCAUAGACCUAAAAAAAACAUCCAUACCCAUAAUCCUUACAAUAGCCAAGGUUUUUAAUUGCUUAACCCAAUCAAUAUCUUUUUUUUAGCCACAAUUUCCCCUUUAAUGUCCAAAGCAAUAAUUUUAUAAUCAUUGCCGUUGGGUGCAAUAAACGUUCAUUACAAUGUCACAAUGGCAAAAGACAACACUACUAAUGGAUAGCAUUGAAUUGAAUGUUAGCAGAACCAACCAAACAUCCUUGUCCGGCAGUAGGGUUGACCUUUGACUGUGGCCAUCCAGAACAGAUAUUAACCCUUUUGUCUUCAAGCGUGGUUGUACUGCUCCACGAGAGAAUCCCACCACAGUCCUGCCUUUCUGUGACUCUGCAACUUGUUAAGGUUACUUGCUGUCUCAGUACAAAGCAGGAUAAAUGAUCAGGGAGAGUGCUCUGCCUGCUGGAAUGCAAAGAGGAGAACACUGCCUGCUCUCCUUCAGGAAAAAAAAAGGGAAAAAACCUGCAGAGAGGUAGCUCUGGAGUGAACGUUGGUGCAGUGCCGCUAGUGCCUCCAGAGGCCAAGACUGCACAUUACACCCUCCUCCUGACUGCAUGAGUUUCAAAGGCAGUAGACACACUCUGCAUUAUGAUACUGUACACGUCUGUCUCCCUUUCGUUGGGAAACCUAAUCAGUGAGUGGGUGGAGGUCGAAUAAAGGAAUGAAAUGUUGCAUUCAUCGCUCCCUUGCUUUGUAUUUCAUGCUCUCUCUGACUGCUGUCCUUCUCCCCUUGUAUUUUUUUUUUCCUUCCCAUAAUUCUCUGUCUCUCUGUCUUUUUCUCCUUGUCCUCCCCCUCCUUGUUCUCAUUAGAAAUAGUAUUGAUUCUCUUCAUUGACAGACAGAUACCAAUGGCCUGAACUGACUCUUGAGUCUUACUUAGAGGCUCAUUGAUGUAAGGAGAUAUGCUGCACCAUAACAGAGUGGAGAGCUCUCUCUCUCUCUCUCUCUCUCUCUCUCUCUCUCUCUUUUACCCUCUCCUUUGAGUUCUACUACCAACUCUCAAUUUCGUACCACCUUAAAUAUACCAUAUUUCAUUUCGUUUAUCUCUCAUUCACACGCAGACAGGUUUUCUUUCGCUUUCCUCUUCUCCAAGCAGUGAUCGAUGGCCUGUAGGCUAGUGUUUAAUCAUUAUUGGUGGUCAGAAUCCCCUGAGGCCUAUUGGAUUGCACUCACAUUAUUUUAUUUCCUGAGUGCUACUACAACAGUUGAGCCACAAUGGUGUCAGGAGAAUCGUGUUGACCAAGGAAGGUGUGAACUUUUCGAUUAUGUGGAUUAUUAUGUGGAUAACCAAGUAAGUAAGGCUCUACCUUUGUCAGGGGUAACCAGAGAAUUAUCAUGUCUUUAUCUAAGUGACUAUACAGUUCGGUAAAGGUUAGCUGUUUCUUUAGCAUACAUGUUGUUAGGAUGUUCCUAACUAAGAUUCAAUUGAUCCUUGAUUCCUAAGUCCCGCCCCUUUUUGGUCUGUGCUCCAAUAACAGUUGAGCAGGCCCCAGUCAGAACCUCGAUCAACUUCCUCCUUUCCUGUUCUUAGAUAAGCUACAUGCUAGGGUCAUCUAUCAUGAAAAGACAACCACAUUUGAAGAAGGUUAAAAGAUAAAAGCGACACACACACACACACACAUAUAUAUAUAGCCAUUGUAAUGUUAUAAAGAGUUCGGUCUAGACCUGCUCUAUUUGAAAAGUGUCCUGAGAUAACUUCUGUUAUGAAUUGGCGCUAUACAAAUCAAAUUGAAUUGAAUUAAAUCUUAAGUUAGCUACCUAGCAUUAGCAAAAUGCUAGCUAAUUCGCUUGCUAAUUUACAUGAAUUCUUAGAUAUCUAGUUAGAUAGUGUUUUGCUAACUUUAGCUAAUGAUGUAAUGCUAAGACAUGACAUAUAUACACAUAUAUAUUUUUAUCAUUUAACCAUCUUCACAACGCGGUCGUCUUUUCAACAUAAACAAGGUUCAAAAUGGGGCGGGACUUAGGAAGGGGCCAUUCAGUGCAGCAGUAAAUCAUUAAACAUGUAAGAAUCUGUUUCUAUUGUGGCUGAGAUAACUAGCACUCUGCAACUGUUGUGAAGAACAUACAAACAGAAGAAAAAAGUGACCUUUGACUACAGAAACUCCUGUAGUUACACGGGUUUACACCAUGGUAAUUUGUCGUGCUUUCUUAAGUUUUGAGGGUGUUUUGAGCUCUCUCAGCCACCAUAGACUUCUGCAUUCAUUAACUCUUUCAGUCUCUGAAGCUACUGGAUGCAACUUCAGUAUGUAAAAUUAAACCAAAUUAAUAAGUAAUACAGUAUGUAGUUUUAUACUUUUAUAAUCUCUUUCAUUUUCUGUCAUUCCAAUCAUGUCAUGACUCUGCCAUGUUUUUCAUUCAGUGAAAUAUUGCCCUAGAUCCUUUAUAUAACCAUGUUAUUAUCCGUCAGCUUCAUCCUUAUACAUAUUCUGCAUGUGCAUCUCUCUCUGCAUAACCAUAGUGUUAUUCAUGGUUAGUGUAUUCAUCUGUGUUUAUCUUUAAUGUGUGUUUCUGCGUUCAUAUGACAUAGCGAUGAGACUCUCUAUAUUUUCUUUUCUUUCCUACAUUCUACUCCUGUGGAUGUCUGUGUGUUUCCUCUGUGUCUUUCUAUCCUCUUCUUAUCUCAGUUGAGAAUGAGCUAUGUCACAUGUGACAUACAUACACAUUAUAUGGAUGUAUGUAUGUACCUUUUAACCUACGGUUUAAUGUGUUGGUAAUGUCAUAUUCAUAUGUCUGUAUUUGAUGCAAAUAUUAUUCUUGACAAUCUCAAAUCCACAUGUGGUUUCUAGUGAUACAUUUAAAUUUGAGGUGUAGGCCUUUAUGCUGUUGUGUGUCACCAGAUUCUGUCAUUAUUUCCAGUGAACUAAAAAUAAUGAGCAUUUUGCUGUAAACUGAAACACAUGUUGAUAUUGUUUGCAUGCAGAUUGUUGUUGGAAUAGUAUUUGCCCUGGUUGUUCACUUCUGUGUACUCCUCCUCGCCCCCAAGCCUUCCCCUUUCUUCCCCUGGUCCUCCCUUUUCCAACCUCCUUCCUCAGCCUCCCUGCACUGCUCUUUCCACCACCACCACCACCACCCCUGUCCUCCCUUUCCAUGCAGACAUCUUGUUAAUCCUUUACAGUGACCACCGAGCACAGAUAAAACCCAUGGUGACUUUAUGUGGUUUUUGCUGUUAAAUCAGCAUUUUAUUCUUUUUCCUGUGAAAAGACCAAACCAACAACCAAUGUAUCUACUAACAAGUGUCUCACAUAUCUUCUUCCUCUGUGCCAUAGAGCUCCAUCUUGCAUUGGGUAACAUGCUCAUUCAUGAACACACACACUGUAGUUUAUUCUGACUCAAUCCUACACACACACCGUACCAUCGCUGUGUCAUCUAAUACAGAAGUGCGAUGUAAUGAUGAAACUUGCAGUUUUAGUUUAGUUUAGGCAACAAAAAUACUUGGUUAAGUUUAAGAGAAACUAAUAAUUUGGGUUAAAGUAAUUACGUUACGUGGCGUUAGUCACGCCAUUACUGCAGCAACAAGUCACACAUAACAUUAUGAAACAUAAAACUUUAAAUAAGUCAACGUGGGCUGGGGGCUACCCAAAAUACUGGAGCACCAAAUGUGGAUUAAGUAGAUCAGGGAAUUCACAUGUCACAGCAUUGGUACACAAACAAACCAAUCGGUACAAAUAAUACUGCAAAAACAAACGGGAGUACUCAAAUAAAAGAAUGAGGAACACAAAUUUGUUGUUGACAAUUUUUCAGUCUGGACCAAAGUAGCGGACUGGUUGACCCACUGACAGUCAUUUCUACAGUCCCACUAGACUAAAAUUUCAAUUAUAUAUUUGUUUUUUUAAAGAUUUACAUCUUCAGAUGGGAUUGGAGCUUGUUGGUAAUGGUCUUUUCAUGGGAUUUCUUGUCAGUAAAACAUAUAGAAAAUCACCAGCCUUAUUCUUUAACAAACUACAAUUCAAUUUGUGACACAAAGUUAGAAUGAUUAUCUUUAAUUAUUGAAUGCAAAUAUAAGAUAGUGGUGCUGAUAGGUCCUUUACAUCUAAUAAUGUUCUGCCUGGGCAGAAUUGGAGUUUCCCAAUUCACCGAACAAAUAAUUAGCUCAUUUCAUCCCAUUCUCUCUUUCAUCCCAUUCUCUCCUGUGCUUCUACUUCCUCUCUCCCUCCUCCUCCUCGUCCUUUUCCCAUCAUUCCCUCUUCCUCUCUCCUUUUCCUCUCCUUUCCCCUCCUCCUUCAUGUCUCCCCAUCCCAUUCUAACACUGGUGUAUCCAUCCCAUCCUCAGGCUAUCCUCCUCAGUCUCUCCCCCUGCGUUGUGUUACUAAAGUCUGACUGAGUGGAGGUAUGUACAACAAGUCACCAUCACAGCACAGCUAACAGAUAUGCUGCUACACUGUGAGCGCUCGCUUAGCUUCUUGCUUUGGUUUUGAAGAGAAUCAAUCAGAAAUCAAUCAGUCAGUUUGACUUCUGGCAGCAUAGAACUGUUCUUGGGGCAGAAAUAAUCUCAUUGGUUGACGUAAUCGAGCUAUUUUAGCUUAAUAACCUAACUUAAUAGCUUGUACAGGCUUAGUUUGAACUCAGAACACGAGUCAAACAACUAGCUAAAUGUGGUUGAGACUUGAUUGCAGUUGCACCAAGGAGGUACAUUAACUUUCUCUUGUCUUUCCUUUUCCCCACUGGUUUUCAUAUUUUAUUUGUUUUUAUUUUACUCCAGACAUCGAGACUUAAAGGGGCAGUCCACUAGUCUUCAUUUUACACAUGACGAUCAGAUCACUUGUCAUGGAGUACCACUCAGUCUGUGAAAACAGUUGUAUAAUGUCCUCUUAGGUUUAAUUAUAGCCUUUGUUACAAACCGGGGGUGUGGACUGCAUCUACCAGGCAGGAAGGCUCUAGUAAAUGAUACUAGAUACUCAAAUUUCAUUAAGGGAAUUGUAGGAUCUAACUCUCUUUUUGGAGCUUGACCCAUUCUAGAGACUAAAUUCUUUUUUCUAAAAGUUUUUUUUUAAUGUUUUUUGCAAGUCCUCCAACUUUAUUGAACUGCUGUUCUGCAUUGCUUAUUUGCUAAAUCAUAUAACUCCUUUAACUCAACCAGUGAUGACGUUUCUGCCUUUAAACUCAUCAAAACUAGUCCAGGCGUGAAUGUGUUUACUCUCAGGCUAUACACAUUUGUAUAUAAACGCUAUACUGCAAUGCAUUUAGUACCAUUACUACUAUUUUCUGUAAUGAGAAGUAACACAACAAUUACUACUGACACAAGUGACAGCAUAAAUGAGUUAAUAUGACGUAUUGAAAUGGACACUUACUUUUACAGAGAGCAAAUAAGCCUUUUCCUGCUGUUAGUGGGUUGAGCAUGUUACUGUCCAAAACAUAGUAUUGAUGGUGAAAUAAAAAUAAAAAAUCCUUAUUUUUUUAUAUUUGGAAUCCAUAGCUACCCUAGCUAGGGAGAUUAAAGACUGGCCAGGCACCAGGUCAGGACGUAACAUACGACUUUUAGAUGAUGAAAACAUUUAAUUUUAUUUAGUGUGUAAUGGCUACACAUUUUUACAACUGUGAAUUGGUUAAUAAAAAAACACAGGGCCAGAAUCAACACAAAGAGAGUUUCCACCAGUUGUACCAUAGUUUGAGAACCAGUACAGUAAAUAAUUAAAGCCAUUCAGUCAAUACAUACAUUUCAAUCAGUUGAAGCAGCCAGGAUAAUACCAGAUGAAAUAGCUUCAAAUGCCAUGAGGACGACAUCGGGCACAUUAGGUGACAGAUCGUAGUUGUAGCUGCCUGACGCUGCAUGUGCUGCAGAGCAAACUGCAGAGAGGCCUUCAUUAUGGAUGCGAAGCACCUUUCGGCUUGACUUUGUAUACAGUGAGAGCAACGCUAGAAGCAGCCACUGCAUUUGAACCUUUAAAGCACUGAGACAUAUAAGCGCUGAUCAAUAAUGUGUUUGGCCUUUGUUUAUCUAUUAGUAGUUCAUGUUGGUCAGACAGAUCUGUGCUCAUAAUCACAGUCAUAUUCACAAGAUCUCUGACGAUAGCAGUCCUGAUCAGGGAUUACAGCUCACUAUAAGCUGCUGCUGUAUGUUAGAAACUGUUAUUGAUCCCACUGAAUCUAACACUGCCACUGCCACUGCUCUGUGUGUGUGUGUGUGUGUGUGUGUGUGUGUGUGUGUGUCGGUGUGUGUGUGUGUCCCAAUCAGCUAAGAGCCGCAGUGCUGCUGAUUUAUUCCUGUGGUUAUAGGACUUGACGUUGCAAACACAGCUAUUUAAACAGAGCAGAAUGUGUGCUGUUACACAGUAAACACGUACAAAUACAUGCACUCACAAAGCAUAUAUGAAGCUGACAUGACAUUGGCCAUUCAUUUGAGACUGAUAUCCUAGAAACAUAACACAUGUUGACUACUUACACACACACUUGUUUGAGAAAAUGAGACAGUUUCAGUAUUUGCUGUUCUCAGAAGCCUGGUAGAAGACUUUGAUAUUCCUGCAUUUAAAUCCACAUUUGCUACACAUGCACGCACACACACAGACAAGUAUACAGUGCAUUAAAUAACCAGGUCCUUAGAACAUGGUGACCUAGAUCUGUCGCUGUGGUAUCCAGUACCCAGAAUGCCUCCUGAGGUUUAAGUGGUAUCUCACUGCAACCCGUUCUCACUCCCAAGUCAUCAAAUACUGCUGCUUGGUCAGUGGUCCUCCGCUUCAAAAUAUGACGCUGUAGGUGUCCCUCUAGUGUCAUUUCUGGAUGUACUCGCUGUCGACGUCAGGUGACGUGGUAUAAAGAGAAAGUGAGCAUAUGGGGAUAGUGGGGUGGAUGGAUGGCUCUAACAAACACAGAACAUUAACCCAGGAGACUGCUCUUGGUGUCCCAUGUGAAACCAAAGUAAGGUAUGUAAGGUACAUCAGCCACAUUAUGUAAGUUAUUCAUGUAGUUGAGUUACGUCAAAUACGUAACAUAACUUCCGGUCUUUUUAUAAAUCUAACCAAGUAGUUUUUGUGCCUAAACCUGGUUCGUGAUUUAAUUUUUAAUAUAAUUUCAACAAUUUUUAUGAUAAAAUUUGAUUAUUUCGUAAGAUUAUUAAGAAAAUUCUGCCUGAAAAAGAUUCCUUCAUCUCUCAGGGACAAUAUACAAAAUGUAUGUACAUAUUAUUAUUAUAUAUAUAUAUUUAUAUAUUAUAUAUUUUCUUUAUUAAAUUAAUAUUUUUUUAUUUCUGAGGUAGGUAGGGUAUAAACUGUGCAUAUUUCCUGUUCUUUGUGAAGGUGAAACUGAUGUCUUUGCACCUUGAUAUAGGACAUUGAACAAGCAAAGUCAAAAGUAGACAGCGCCCACUGCUGUAUAAAAAGAUUAUAACAUAAUUUUCAUCUCAUUUGAAUCAACAAUAUUUCUAUCGCAAUUUAACUGUAUAUUGUUACAUUCCUAACACAUAAUACAUAACUGUUUUACAAUGUUAACCAUGCAAGCUUUAUUUUGAAAGUGUUCCUGGACGUUACAUAUUCAUUGUUGCUUACUUGCCCUGUACGCCAGAAAUGAUGCUAGGACCAUAUCUACUGUACAUCGUCAUUGUUGGAAGCAUAUUUGACAAGUUGAGAGUGAGAACGUGUUCUCAGCUUCUUAUUGGCCAAUUAAGCCCAAGCUCACACCACAAACUUCAUAGACCACGACUGGACACUGUGCAAGUAAACUGCAAAAUGUCAAAAUGGGUCUGGCUGAAAAUCUGGGAUUUUCAGUAGUACCAUUUUGCGUCACAAAAUGAACUGGACCAGGGCCUUUAGGGACACAAACAGCACAGUUGAAAAUCCUUUUGACAGUUAUUCUGCAAGCAAGGUAUUAAAGGUGAUUAUAUAUUCAGUAAAUCUAAUUUGUGAGAUUAUAUUUUAAGAAGGAUGGGAGAGAGAUUUUAAUUCCAAUUACUAACUAUCUG